GCCGACCCUAAACAAAGACGCGACUCUACCUCUUACUGCCAUCAUAACACCCUUCGCGUCCUUGUUGACUGCAUUUCUCACAUUUGCUGAUCACUGCUUGCUUGUCUUUCACCCCAAAUAGUCAGAGUGAUCGCACCCCUCAAACUCUCCGUGCUACACCAACGUGUUUGUACACCAUUCUACUUUCUGCGCAUAUAAUAUUUUUCUUGAGUAAAAUACUACACACUCUCACACAUGGCACCCAAAUCUACCGGAGGGAAGUCUAAGUCUGGCGCGCCCACUCAAGCAGUAGGAGGGGUUGCAGGAUCCGGUACGACCACGACACCAAGAACGAUACAGACUCGUAGUCAGAAAGCUGGCCUCCAGUUUCCCGUCGGUCGUAUCCAUCGUUACCUGAAACAACGCACGCAACACAAUGUGCGUAUUGGAGCGAAGGCCGCUGUUUAUACCAGUGCAAUAUUAGAGUAUCUCACUGCUGAGGUGCUUGAACUCGCUGGAAAUGCAUCCAAGGACUUGCGCGUCAAGCGUAUAACACCCCGGCAUUUACAACUUGCCAUCCGAGGAGAUGAAGAACUCGAUAUCCUUGUUCGCGCAACAAUCGCCGGAGGAGGUGUAUUGCCAUUUAUCCACAAGAGUUUGACAGCUGCUUCAGGCAAGAAGAAGCUCGAGGGACAACAGCAGUAGUGGCUGUUGGAAGUUUACAGCAGGUGUUGACUUUAUCUAUUCAUCUUGUGAGCACAGCGAUCAGCUGUACUAACUUUAUUUUGUUUUUGGCUGUUGUUACUUGCAUCUGUAGUUUUUGUAUCAAAUGCAUGUAUGAGACUGGGGUCGUUCGGGCUGUUUGUGAUGGACAGUUGACCAACUAGUGUCAGUGCCUAUAUUCCCCUAGUGACUGUCACGUCACAAUCCUUAGGGCCCGUUCGGCAACCACUCGUUUCGUUUGUUUGGGUCCGUUUCGUUUUGAAACGGACGGAUGUUAAAGUGAAACGGACACUCCCACGGGUGUCACACGUUGUCACAUUCGUAUAAACUCAGUAGAUACUACAUCAGAUAGUGAAUGAUAACCAUCAGUUUGUUGCUUGAGCUC